CCAGGGCCUACGAUGAUAACGUCCGAAUUUUUUCAAUCCRAUUCUAAAAUCAAUUUAUAAUAUUUAUAUUUAAUACCACAUCAUUCAUUCGUUUAUUCCUUAUGUUUACCGCGUGAUCUCAAUCGACUCAUACAUUUAUUUUGAUUUAUUUUAAUUGAUAUCGACUGUACCAUAAUACAACAUAAUAAAUACCUACCUACUAUCAAGCGGGGUUCCAUAAGAAAUCGACGUGUACAAAUCGAAAAUUUGUACGAACUUCAUCGAUAUUGAUCGACGAUCGUUUAAAAGUGUUUUGAUGGUUAAAAAAUCGCAUGCACCUUCUUACAUUAGUAUGUGACUAUCGCACAUGUGCAUUUGGCUGCCAACUAUCAAAACGGGCAUUAUAGCGUCACGCCUCAUUAGCGCCCAAAUAACUAGACAUGCGGCAGUGUCAGUGGACGCGAAUCCGUCGGCAUCACCUGCAGAGAGACCGACGACCGCCGCCGCCACCGCCACAUCUACCGCUGUGGUCGGGGACACUCAGCAACAGCAGCAGGAGCAAUGCACCUCGGUGGCGGUAACCCUAAACGAUCGCCACCAGUGCGAUUCGGAGCAAUCGGUGGUGACCACCGAUGCGACUGCUGACAGCCCGCGAGAUUCACAAGGGGUAACCUGCAACAAGACUGAAUCUGCGACGACGACGACAGCGGCGACGUCCUUGUCGCGACCGAUAUGUCCGAACUUGCCCUACUCGCCUGCGUGUUCGCCGCGGUUCGCCAGACGUCGACCGCCGUUGCGCGAGUGCCGUGUGUCCGUCAACGUGCAGAGCUUGGACGAUCCGAAUGCUCAUCAAAAGCUCAACCAGUACAAACUGAUCGAUUCCAUAGGACAGGGAUCUUAUGGACUUGUUAAAUUGGCGUAUAAUGAACUAGAUGACAAACAUUACGCUAUGAAAAUAUUAUCUAAGAAAAAAUUAAUGAAAAAGGCUGGCUGUUUUGGAAGACUAAACGCCAGACGUAAAGGGGCCAAUCCUUUAGACAAAGUCUACAGAGAAAUAGCUUUGUUGAAGAAACUUGAUCAUCCUAAUGUAGUGAAACUAGUCGAAGUUUUAGAGGAUCCAGAUGAGGAUCAUCUUUAUUUAGUGUUUGAAUUAUUGGAGCGUGGGGAAGUGAUGCAAGUUCCUGGUGAUCCUCCAAUGUCUGAAUCGAAAGCCAGGUCAUACUUCAGGGAUAUUUUAUUGGGCUUAGAAUAUUUACACUUUCAGCGGAUCGUACACAGGGACAUCAAACCGUCGAACUUAUUAAUCGACGCUAGUGGGCACGUGAAAAUCGCAGAUUUGGGCGUGUGCAAUGAGUUCGAUGGAAGCGACGACCUGUUGAGUUCUAGUGCGGGCACACCGGCGUUUACGGCUCCUGAAGUGUUGGACCCGUCGACGAAAACGUACAGCGGUCGAGCGCUGGACGUAUGGGCACUGGGAUGCACAUUGUACGCAUUUGUCUACGGUCGGCUGCCGUACACCGCGGACUCGGUGCUAGCAGUGCACGAGCAGAUCCGCACGCAACCGGUACAGUGGCCAGUCGAACCGGAAACGUCUCCACAACUGGUGCACCUGUUGCACCGUCUCCUUGACAAAGAUCCAGAUACCAGGAUCACGUUACCAGCCGUCAAAAAGCAUGACUGGGUGACAAGGGCUGGGGCUGAGACGCUGCCCACAGAGCGAGACAACUAUUGCCAGCAGCCGGUUGAGGUCAGCGAAGAGGAAAUGAUGAACGUCAUCAAGUCCAUACCCAAGCUCAACACCCUGAUACUGAUCAAAGCUAUGCUGAAGAAUCAUUCGUUCCUUAAUCCAUUUUCAGCUGAUGAAUCAAAACGAAAACUUCAAUCAUCCAACCGUUCGCAUUCAGCACCCGGAGCAUGUUCUUGGUUUGGGUCAAGAUCUUUAUCUGCGGAAACAACUAAUCUUCAGCCUGUCAAAGAAUAUGCCGUAAAAGAAAAGUGAUAACCAACUACGUUAUUUUUUAUAUUUAAUUCAUUUUACCUACAUUAUUAAUAUUAAAAGUUUGACAAAAAAAUAUAUACUGUUAUAUACUCAUAUAUGUUACUAUGUUAUAUCUAUGUUCCAUAUUGUAAUAAUGCUCUUUGCAAAUAAUCCAUAUUGUGGUAAGACGUUUGAUCAAUCAUUUCAAUUUUUAACAGUGUAUUCCAGUGUGAUUUACUUUUUUAUGAAAUACAAAUUUAAUUAUUAGUCUAUGACUGUCCAAAAAAUAUAUUU